GCCUAUCUGACGAGAGCAAUCCGAGUAUCAUUCAGUUUUUUUUUCUUUCUUUUCAUUCCUUCACUGAUGAUAUUUCCUUCUGAUCUCAUUGAAAAUCAAGCAGAUAGCAUGACAAAUGGCAACACGAUUAAUUUUUUUCCCUGCUAGUUACUACGUUUUGCUGCUGUGUUCAUUGAAGUGAAAAUAAGCAUGUUUAUUCGGUUAUCUAUAUAAACGAAAAAUUGUGUGAACGAAGGGAAAAAACUGUUGACCUAUAGCCACGGAUUAUCGAUACAGCAUGCCAAUGAGAAAAUUGAACAGGGUCGCUUCGAAACAAGAUCAAUGAAAUAAAACAAACAAUUACGCAUUAUUGUCCAGUGUUUUGUUAAUUCGGAACAAUUGAAAAAUAUUUAGUUGGAAAAAUUUUCCCAACUAAAGUCAAUUGAAUUCAGCGAUAAAAUUGACAAAAUUUGGUAAAUAGAUUUAUGGCGCGAAAAUGUCCCGUAUUUUUCAAAUUGUAAACCGCACACGAUGUGUGACAGUACAGUACGGUACAGUGUAGUGGAUGCGGUUCUUGUCGCAAUGUGCUUUGCUGUUGUUGUUGUUGUUUUGCUUCUUCUUCUUUCGCUUUUUUUUUUCUACUAGCGAUGACAUUAGAUGUCAUUUGUGUAUUGUCGUCUCGCUCAAAUACUGAGAUCGGUUGUUAUCACUUCAAUGCGAAACUGUGUUACAUUUCAAAAAAUUGCUUAUUUGUGAAACAGUCGUAAGCUGGAUUCAACUUCAUCAACAGAUUGAGCUGUAAUUCUCUGUCUUGUACACUAGUGUUCACGAUCGAUCUUCAUCAGUUGAACGAGAUACUUUUUUUUGUUCCUUUUGUGUUUCGACAGCGAGAAGUUUUGAAUCAACCGAAAAAAUAAUCGUACACACGAGCUGCUCUUGGAUCCGAAAAAAGAAGAAGAUAGACGGCUGAUUUACUGAGUAGUCAUUGUGAAGAGAAAUCAAAUAAAAUAGAAACAAUAACAACAACAAAAAUGGUUUUGUGUCAAGUAAUUCGUGUAUCGUCAACGGUUGGCGUAAAUGCACUGACCAAAUUCGCCAAAUUCAAUGCACACAUAAAAUAUUUGCCAACCAUUAGACAUUUCAGUGCAUCGCCGGCACUUUUCACAGGUAGAAAAUACACGGAAAAACACGAAUGGGUUCAAGUAAAUGGCGAAAUUGGUGUGGUUGGAAUUUCGAACUAUGCUCAGGAGGCCCUUGGUGACGUUGUGUUUGCACAAUUGCCUGAUGUUGGCGCCGUUUUGUCACAAGGCGACGAGUGUGGCGCAUUGGAAAGUGUGAAAGCGGCCAGUGAGUUGUAUUCGCCGGUGUCGGGAACGGUCACUGAAAAGAAUUCCGAAGUCGAAGAAACGCCUGGUCUUAUCAACAGCUCGACAUAUGACAAAGGCUGGCUGUUCAAAGUGAAGCUCAGCAAACAAGACGAGGUCGACACACUCAUGAACGAAGAAAAAUACGACGAAUAUCUCAAGUCAUCACAUUAAAAGCAACAUCAACACCAAUGCCAAUCGCAUACGAUUCAAAAUCGUUUGUGUGUUUGUUUGUUUUUUUUUAUACAAAAAUUCAAGUUUUGCUUAUUUAAUUUUAAUUCUUAAUUAAGAGUUGUUGCUGUCGAUUAGCACAACAGUAAACUGAGUUGAGCUUGAUCGUAAUACCCCCUAAAAAUAAAACGAGAAAAAAAACAUGUUCAUAUGACAA